GGGUGAAGUCGGCCACCAUUUUGCCGACAUUUUUCAGUAAUUCUCCUCCUGAAAAUAACGACGUUGUGACCGAUUCAUCGCCAGUGUAUUUUUGAGUGAUAUAGGACAAUGUGCACCAAAUCUUGAGGACCUCUCAAUCAUAUUAAAGACAGUGACCUGAGAUACCAUGGCGCCCAAUUUAAAACACCUCUUCAAACGGCAGGCAGUGCCUGUCCCCGAACAACCCGCCCCCACUCCGGCUGUACCGGUCCAACCGGCCGCGGCGGCGGUGCCCGUCGCGCCGGUAAACAACGCGCAACCGGAAGUACCGCAGCAGCUGCCGGAAACGCCGGAACUACCGGUACCGGCGCAGCAGCCGGAGCAAGCGGCUUUGCCCUCCCCGGAAGUCGCUCCUUCCGGCAAGAUUUGGGGCAAUAAGACUCUGCAUCCUUCUCAUGGCAGGACCACCCCCUUCCCGGAAACAGUUAAAAGCACCAAUGAAACUUCAACGUUCACUGGAAUCGUCAAGUCGGCGGAGAACCUAGGUGAACAGUACGGCAUCGAACCAUGGCUGUUGGUCACCAUUUUAAUAGGCGUGUGCGUUAUCAUUCUUGGAAUAUGCUUCUGCUGUAUAAGAAGAUUCUUCCGGAAGCGAAGGGCAAAAGAUGGGAAGAAAGGGAUGAAAGGUGUGGAUCUGAAAUCCGUACAGUUGCUGGGAUCUUCUUACAAAGAAAAGGUCCAACCUGACAUGGACGAACUUACCGAAAACGCCGAAGAACCAGAUGAUGGAGAAAAACCUGAAGUUCAAAAACUUGGAAAGUUGCAGUAUAAGUUGGAAUAUGACUUCAAUCAAAACAGCCUAUCGGUGACGGUCAUUCAGGCUGAAGAACUGCCAGCCCUGGACAUGGGCGGAACGUCUGACCCCUACGUAAAGGUUUAUCUCCUGCCCGACAAAAAGAAAAAGUUCGAGACCAAAGUCCACCGGAAAACUUUGAGCCCCGUGUUCAAUGAAACUUUCGUCUUCAAGAGCAUGCCCUAUGCCGACGCAAUGAACAAGACCCUGGUGUUCGCGAUUUUCGACUUCGAUCGCUUCUCCAAGCACGACCAGAUCGGAGAGGUCAAAGUUCCCCUAUGUCAGAUCGACUUGGCCCAAACAAUCGAAGAGUGGCGCGAACUUCAGAGUGUAGAAGGCGAAGGUGGUCAGGAAAAUAAGUUGGGAGACAUUUGCUUCUCACUUCGCUACGUACCGACCGCUGGAAAAUUGACUGUCGUCAUCUUGGAAGCUAAGAACCUCAAAAAAAUGGACGUUGGUGGACUUUCUGAUCCUUACGUGAAGAUAGCUUUAAUGCAGAACGGUAAACGACUGAAGAAGAAGAAGACUAGCAUCAAGAAAUGUACCCUGAACCCCUACUACAAUGAAUCCUUUACCUUUGAGGUACCGUUUGAACAGAUACAGAAAGUGAAUCUGCAAGUGACAGUGGUGGACUACGACAGGAUUGGUACCUCCGAACCAAUCGGUAAAGUGGUACUGGGAUAUAACGCAUCCGGAACCGAGCUACGCCACUGGUCGGACAUGUUGGCCUCCCCUCGUCGGCCAAUCGCCCAAUGGCACACUCUAAAGGACCCCGAGGAUGAAAAGAAGGACUAAGCUUAAUCCGGCUAACAACGCAGAUUUUGAAUUAUUUAAGAAACGCAAGAUAUUGGUUACCUAGCAUGAUGAUAUCCCCGUUUAUAAAAUAUGGAAUAAAUGUAUAGAUGUUAUAUUUUAUAAUAUUUAAUAAAUAUUAUGUUUAGACCCAUCAUUAUACUUUAAAAUUAUAUUAAUGGAGUAACCGUAUGUAGCCACAUUUUAUUAUAAUUAAAUAAAAAGAUAUAUAGCUUGUCAUAUUUAUCAUAAAACUCAGUCUCAUAAUGUAAAGGUUACUCUAAUAAUUGCUAAAACAAACUCAUCGUCAUAUCCUUUUUAUGUAUAUACAUAAAUAUGUUUCAGAACUAUUACUCAAUGUUAAACUUAACCUCUGAAUCACUCGGCUUCAUUUAAUCGUGCCAGUUUAUGCAUAAACGAUUUUUUUUAGCGUUACUCAACAUUUCGUAUCAAAAAGUGAAGUGAUAUCUCUAUAGCUAGCUGUUGUAGUUGAUUUUGAAGUUACGCCUUAUAAGAAAACCUUCUUCUUGAUAAUAAUUAUUAUAAAUUUAGCGUUAAAAUAAUCGUUUAUGAUUAUACUGAUCAUAAAAAAUAUGAUUAUAUUAUAGUUAUAUAUAAGGGUGGUAGUUGAAGUAAAAAAAGAUAUACAGACAAUAGAAAGUAUAGCUCAUAGAAUAUAAAUAUUAUUGUAAAAUUUUGGCUUGUUUGUUUUUAUAAAAUGCACAAAAAUUGUUUAAAACAGGGAGGUGUUUCAUUCCAUAGAAAAAUAUAUUUAUAGAAAGGAG